GUGAGGCCAGAGAUUAAAUAAUUUAUAAAGCCAGGAAUCACAAUGGUCUGGUGAGUUUGUUCCAACCUGCAUUGGAGGAGAAGAAAAGGGAUAUUCCAUAUUUAAUGUGGAAAGGAAGCGUGCACUCUUAGAAUGAAGACGGGGACAGUUCUUGCAGUGUUGUUGCUGGCACUGUUUUCAUCUGCUGCAGCAAAGCCCAAAAGUCGCUUCACACGAUAUCCAUCAUGGAAUACGAAAAUGUAUCCAGUGUGGAAAGAUGAAGACCCUCGCUACAAAGACUCUUGGAAAGGUGGCAAGGUAAAGUUCAUUGUGGGCAAUGACGCACCGACCCUGACUGCAGCCAAGGUGACCUUUACCAUCGAGCUGCAGUUCCCACACAACCAGAAGGUCAUGCCCGACGGAGAGGUGGUGUGGGCCGAGGACUUCACCGUCAAUGGAACACGCUACCAUCAGUCUGAGCCAGUGUAUCCUGCACAGAACACGGAGUGGAACGGAUUCUUCCCCGACGGCACACCUUUCAGGAAGGGUGGUGACAAACCCCCCCCGUAUGUGUUUGUAUGGAAGACAUGGGGUCAGUACUGGCAGGUGUCUGAUGGCCCCUCCUCCUCCCUCACCAUCGGGACAGACAAUGUCCCUCUGGGUUCCUACAUAGUGGACAUUGUCAUCUACCACUACCGCAGCCACGAGAAGUUCAUCCCUCUGGGAUACGCCUCCACACAGUUCUCCAUCACUGAUCAAAUCCCCUUUGCCGUCUCGAUGAGCCAAGUGAACGACGUCAACGAGGCAGACCUGAGCUUCGUCCAGAACAGAGCGAUAGCCUUCACCAUCAGUCUCCACGAUCCCAGCGAGUACCUGAGUGACGCUGACAUCACAUACAACUGGGACUUUGGUGACAGCAGCGGAGCUCUCAUCUCCAGAGAGCUGACUGUCACCCAUACCUACAUAGUGGCUGGCGGCUUCAAGCCCCGGGUGGUUGUACAGGCCGUUAUCCCUGAUAAAGCAUGUGCCACACCAGCUGGUGUUAUCCCCACUGGUAGCACUGUCACUAUUGGGCCUGCCAACCUGGCAGGCACGACAGUGAGAGCUCCUGCUGCGGCUGUGUCAGCUGCUCCAGUAACGGCGGCCACACAGGGAGCUACAGUAAAUGUAGGCCCCUCAGUCCCCGCUGAGACUGAUACACAGGAGGACACGACUGAGGUGGGAGCCUCCACCGCACAGCACACAAAGACACCUUCUCCGGUCAACCCUGACACCUCAGCUGCUUCUGAAGUAGAGCCAGCUGGGGAGACCGCUAAGGCCCAAGCUCCCGUGGUGAUAGUUGUUAAGCGUGAAGCAGGUGAAAAACCCAAGGAUGAUGACUGUGUGAUCUAUCGCUAUGGGUCCUUCUGCGCUGGCAUUGACAUUGUUGAGGGCAUUGAGAGUUUGAAGAUAGUGCAAGUGGACAAUGCUCUGAUCAAGACUGAUGCAUUUGAGGUUGAACGAAAUGUAGUGGAUCUAACUGUCACCUGCCAUGGGAGCCUUCCCACAGAGGUGUGUAUGUUGGUGUCGGAUGCAGACUGUCUGAUGCCAGUCCACACCAUGUGCAACACAGUGUCGCCCUCUUCUGAGUGCCAGCUGGUACUGCGCCACAUUUUCAAUGACUCUGGCAUCUUCUGCAUCAAUGUGUCCAUGACCAAUGAUGUCAGUCUGGCAGUCACCAGCGCCAAAGUUAGCGUGACCUUGGGUUCCGGUCUGUCCUCAGUGGGCACUGUGACCAUGGUGAUAGGGGUCCUGAUCGUUGCUCUGGUCACUGGAUCCGUGGCCUACACUUACAAACGUUUCAAAGCCUACCGUCCUCUGAAGGAGGAGUCUGUGGUUGGCUCCUCCUCCCAGAGCGCUGAGAGUAGUCCUGGUUGGAGCUCUGGACCUCUGCUGUUUUGGAACCUUCUGAGUCGACAGGCUCCUGUAGAGAACAGCCCACUGCUCGAUGACAGGCUUGUGUGAAUGGACAACAACAACCCAUUCAACUGCCAAAUACACACAAAACAACAGCCCAAGAAACAUUUUAUUUGCACAUAUAGUGACAUGUUUUGUUUUUUGUUUUAUACUUUUUAUACAUUUAUUUUUUAACUGUGUGUAAUUUGGCUUAUUUCCCUCAAACUAAACAUUUUCAAAGAGCAUAUGUAUGGUAAGACCAACAUUGAUUUAACAUUUUUAUACUGGAGAUUUGACCAGUGAAUAUUAGUGGAAACUACAGUGAAGUUAUACAUUUUAAUAUCUUUCCCCCAUUAAAAUCCCCCCAAACUGCA